AUGGCAGAAGGAACCCAAGCUGUGUUCUCAGCUCUUGACAAUGCCAAGACACAACUCUACCAUUUCAAGGCCAUCGUCAUUGCUGGUAUGGGAUUCUUUACAGAUGCUUAUGAUCUUUUCUGCAUUACUGCUGUCACCAAGCUCAUAGGUCGCCUCUACUACUUUGAUCCUUCCAAUCACAAACCCGGCCAAAGCCCCAAGCCAGGAGUUCUCCCAACAAAUGUCAAUAAUGCAAUAGUUGGAGUUGCUUUAUGUGGAACACUAGCAGGGCAACUCUUCUUUGGUUGGCUAGGUGACAAACUUGGUAGGAAGAAAGUAUAUGGGUUAACUCUAGUCACAAUGGUGGGAUGUGCCUUGGCCUCUGGCCUUUCCUUUGGCUCUACAGCUGAAAGUGUAAUUGCGAGUCUGUGUUUCUUCCGCUUCUGGCUUGGGUUUGGUAUUGGAGGGGACUAUCCACUAUCAGCAGUGAUAAUGUCUGAAUAUUCAAACCAGAAAACUAGAGGAGCUUUCAUUGCAGCUGUGUUUGCGAUGCAAGGAAUGGGGAUAUUGGUUGCAGGAGCGGUAUCCAUGAUUGUGUCCAAGUUAUUCUUGAUUGCUUUUGAUGCUCCAGAAUUUCAAGAAAAUGCUGUUCUAUCUACUCAAUCACAAGGAGAUUUUGUUUGGCGGAUCGUGCUUAUGUUUGGUGCAGUUCCUGCCGCUUUGACAUACUACUGGCGGAUGAAAAUGCCGGAAACUGCUAGGUACACGGCCUUGGUUGCAGGAAACCAUCAAAAAGCUGCUGCUGACAUGGCCAAAGUCCUUGAAAAGGACAUAACUAUAGAAGCAGCUCCUGUUAUCAGCUCUAACUCUUCUUACAAAUUGAUUUCCAAGGAGUUUGUCCGGAGACAUGGGCUUCACCUGCUUGGAACAACUAGUACUUGGUUCCUGUUGGACAUUGCAUUCUAUAGUCUCCAACUCACACAGAAAGAUGUUUACCCAGUUAGUGGAAUAGUACGUAAGAACACAACAAUGAAUGCAAUUGAUGAAGUAUUCCAACUCUCAAAAGCAAUGUUCUUAGUUGCACUAUUUGCAACAGUCCCAGGAUACUGGUUGACUGUCUUCCUGAUUGAUACACUUGGAAGGUUCAUAAUCCAGCUUGGUGGGUUCCUACUCAUGUCCAUUUGCAUGGCCAUUCUUGGAAUUUUCUAUUACGAUCUUAGGGGUAAUACGUGCACCGAUCCAAAGGCAACCAAAGAAUAUUGUGACGGCAAGCCUGCAUGGUUCAUGGUUCUUUACGGGCUUACCUUAUUUUUUGCAAACUUUGGACCCAAUAGCACAACCUUUAUUGUGCCAGCAGAGCUAUUCCCUGCAAGGUUUCGUUCAACAUGCCAUGGGAUAUCUGCAGCCGCAGGCAAAGCAGGAGCUAUUAUUGGUGCAUUUGGGGUGCAGUCAUAUGCUCAAAAGGGGACGAAGGGAAUCAAGCAGGCUAUAAUUGCACUUUCUAUUGUUAAUUUGAUAGGGUUUCUCUUCACCUUCUUGGUGCCAGAAACAAAGGGGCGGUCACUUGAGGAAAUUUCCGGAGAAGACAGGGAUCUUGGUGGAAGAGGAGACACAGCCAAUGGAAAUAAUACUAAGACCAAAGAUUCUAUCAAUGAUGAUAAGCUCCCAGAAAGUGAUAUGGUUUAGUUCUUAGAUAUUCAUUUUGUUUUAUGUGAGAUUUUGUAUAUCCAGUUUUAAUAAAACAGAUAUUCACUUCUUUUACUGAGAAGGAAAAACAGUUGCUCCAACCAAAAAUAGAGAUUGUAUCCAAG